CAGUAAUUUUGCAGGUGCUCCUUUGAUGUUGGGAGAGGACUGUAUUUUUUUAGGACAACACUACCAGGAGUCAGGAUGCUUUCUAUGGCUGUGCGAGUCAGAGUCGGCAUGGGGGUGAGAAGGUGUUUGUCCUCCUGGUUCCCUGGGCCUUCUGUUGCCUCAACCUGGAGGCUUGCCCCCUCUUCCUCCUCCUCCCUACGACACAGGAGCACUACCGCAGCCAAUCAGAGCUCCCCAACCCCGUCGUGCAGCUACAUCAUCGUGGGGGCUGGGUCAGCGGGCUGCGUCCUGGCCAAUCGGCUCUCGGAAGACUCCCAGGAGUCGGUGGUGCUUCUGGAGGCAGGGCCGAAGGAUAUGUUUCUCGGCAGCAAACGAGUGUCCUGGAAAAUCCACAUGCCGGCAGCGCUGACCUACAACCUGUGUGAUGAAAAGUACAACUGGUACUACCACACGCUGGCCCAGGAGCACAUGGACCAGCGGGUGCUGUACUGGCCCCGGGGCCGUGUCUGGGGCGGGUCCUCCACCCUCAACGCCAUGGUGUACAUCCGGGGCCAUGCCCUGGACUACGACCGCUGGCAGAGCGAGGGUGCGGAGGGUUGGGACUACCAACACUGCCUGCCCUACUUCCGCAAGGCUCAGUUCCAUGAGCUGGGGGAAAACCGCUACCGUGGGGGCAGCGGGCCGCUGCAUGUUUCCCGGGGGAAGACCAACCACCCGUUACAUCAGGCCUUCAUCGAGGCUGGGCAGCAGGCGGGGUACCCCUUUACUGAUGACAUGAACGGGUACCAGCAGGAGGGUCUGGGGUGGAUGGACAUGACUAUAUAUAAAGGAAAGAGGUGGAGCACUGCCAGUGCGUACCUGCGGCCAGUGCUGAGCCGACCCAACCUGCAGGCUGAGGUGCGCUGCAUGAUCACCAGGGUUCUGUUUGAAGGGAACCGGGCUGUGGGAGUGGAGUACCUCCAGAAUGGACAGAAGAAGAAGCUGUAUGCUGAUAAAGAGGUGAUUCUCAGUGGGGGGGCCAUCAACUCCCCGCAGCUGCUGAUGCUGUCAGGGGUGGGCGAUGCAGACCACCUCAGGCAACUGGACAUUCCUGUGGUCCAGCACUUACCAGGGGUUGGUAGUAACCUGCAGGACCACCUGGAGCUGUAUGUGCAACAGGAGUGUACCCAACCCAUCACACUCUACAAGGCCCAGAAACCCUUCCACAUGGUGCAGAUAGGACUGGAGUGGCUCCUAAAAUUCACUGGUUACGGGGCCACGGCCCACCUGGAGAGUGGGGGGUUCAUCCGGAGCCGAGGGGGUGUGGCCCACCCAGACAUACAGUUCCACUUCCUUCCGUCGCAGGUCAUCGACCAUGGCAGGGUGGCCUCCAAGAUAGAGGCCUACCAGGUUCACGUUGGACCAGUGAGAAGCACAAGUAUUGGGUGGAUGAAAUUGAAGAGUGCCAACCCUCUAGACCACCCUCUUCUCCAGCCCAACUACCUCUCUACUGAGAUGGAUGUGUGGGAGUUCAGGGAGAGCGUCAAACUGUCCAGGGAGAUCUUUGCCCAGAAGGCUUUUGAUCCGUUCCGCGGCGCUGAGGUCCAGCCGGGCCCCCAGAUCCAGUCGGAUGCGGAGAUAGACGCCUUUGUCCGCCGCAAGGCCGACAGCGCCUACCACCCCUCCUGCACCUGCAAGAUGGGCUCUCCCUCCGACCCCACGGCAGUGGUGGACCCCCAGACACGCGUGCUCGGCCUGGAGGGCCUCCGCGUGGUCGACGCCUCCAUCAUGCCCAGCAUCGUCAGCGGCAACCUGAACUCGCCCACCAUCAUGAUAGCGGAGAAGGCGGCUGACAUCAUCAGAGGGCGCCCGGCGCUGAGCGACAUGGGCGUGCCAGUGUACCAUCCCCCGACUCUGGAAACACAGCGGUAGGACACACACACAACUGGAGGCACAGAAAUGGGACAACCACACACACUAACACACACCUGAGCCAGGAGAACCAGUAGUCUCAAUGAUGAUCAUGUACUAAUGUAGAUGUACAAUAUUCUAGAUCUUGUUGAAUAUGUGAUCUUAAUUAUUUAUGCCUAGAAAAAUGGUCCCAUGCCCUCAGUGUUGCUCAAGGCAAAGAUCAAACCUAUAUUUUUUCUACCUUCAUGUUUACAAUGAAAUGAAGAAUUAUGUUUUGUGUUCAAUCUCAGAUUCAGUUAUCAGUGUAUCUAAGAUUUAUUUGAUUUUAUCAGGAUGAAAGUAAGCUUUUAUCACUAACUGACCAGCCUUGCCAGUGAUUUAGCCAAGCACAAGUACAGCAUUUGAAGUAUUUUGACCUGUGUCAUGUCAGUUUACACGUUAUGUAAGCACAAAGCCGGAAUAUGUAGUUUGGAAUUGUAUGAAGCUUUUUAACUGAUCUUAUAAUAACCUAUAUAUACACUGUAUUGGCCUGGACUGUUAGUAGUUAUGGCAGUGAGGUAGUGGUGCUACCCCACUCUAGCAAUAUUUUAACAAUUCCACCAUUCCUCAUUGUGGAUUUUAAUGAAGAAAUAUAUAGUCUUGUAUUCUCAGUCCUAGAUUUGUCUCAAUAUCUUAAUCCUAUUCUAAAUGUAAUCUUAAAUAAAUAAUUUACAUCUCUCAUAAACUAGCCUUUCCUAAAAUCAAUGUAAUGUUUACGUUUUUGCAAAUGUUUGAUAUUUGUCCAGGAGAACAGACAAUGCUGUUUCUGUAGUGUUCAGUGUCACGGAGAGAGGCAAUAAACUGAUUGAGUUUGGGUGUUUCAA